GGAAGCUCCUCCAAAUUUCUAGAGCUUUUAACUAAAAUCAUUUCCUCUCUCCCUAUCUCUUUCUGCGGGUAUCACACACCUCAACAGCCCCUCACUCAAUACGCCUGCUCUAAAUACUGCUCUAAAUAGGGAAAGCCCCUCUCCGCUGUUACGGCGAGUAACUGUUGCAAUGCCUUACCCCACAAACAAUCCCGGGCCUACUUCCACCAGAGCCCCCAACACCACUAGUAGUCUAGGAGAUGUUAGUGCCGAUAUAACAUUGUCUUCACCUCCGGAAGACAGCAUCUCGGACCUAGAGUUCUCCAUGAAGUCGGAUCUCUUGGCGGUCGCUAGCUGGGACAAGAGAGUUCGCAUUUACGAUGUUUCCCAGACAGGGGCGAAUUCUGGCAGAGCAAUCUACGCACAUGGAGGGCCCGUUCUUAGUGUAGCUUGGUCAAAUGUAUCUAAACUAGCCCACCAUCUUCUCUCGCAAUCGGGACUGACAUGUCUUUCCUAAUCGUAGGAUGGCGGUAAACUCGUCUCAGGAGGCGCCGAUAAUGCUGCGAGACUGUGGGAUGCCGCUACAGGCCAAAGCGCUCAGGUCGCCGCCCACGAUGAUCCUAUCCGCUCUGUUCGCUGGUUCACUCUGCCGGGAGCUAACGCUCAAAUGGUGAUCACAGGAUCGUGGGAUAAGACAAUCAAGUACUGGGACCUAAGGCAGCAGCGGCCCGCUGGUUCAGUGGAAUUGCUCGAACGGGUUUAUACUAUGGAUGUUUCUCGGGACUUAUUGGCCGUAGGGACCGCAGAGAGGCAUAUCCAGGUCAUCAACUUGAAAAACCCGGGGACCGUUUUCCAAUCGAGGAUCAGUCCGCUCAAGUGGCAGACCCGCGUGGUCACCUGUUUCCCGGAUGCCUCGGGCGUUGCGAUCGGCGGUAUCGAGGGGAAAUGCGGUUUUGUCUAUCUCGAUGCCAAAAAUUCUUCGUAAGUUUUUUUUUCCUCUUUCCGGACCAUCCCAUCAUCAACGGGGGAUGAGUGCUGAUUUUCCUCCCCCAUCAGGUCGGAGUUCUCGUUCAGAUGCCACAGAAGAGCUAGAACCGGAGGCACCGACACCGACGUUUACGGAGUGAAUGCCAUCUCUUUCCAUCCCGUUCAUGGAACCUUCUCCACCGCCGGCGCUGAUGGAACCUUCCACUAUUGGGACAAAGAUUCCAGAACUAGAAUCAAAGGCUUUCCUCAUGUCGGUGGAAUAAUCUCCGCCACCAGCUUCAAUAGAAAUGGCACGAUUUUCGCCUACGCGGUCAGCUACGACUGGAGCAAAGGCCACCAAUACAACACUCCAACAUACCCGAACAAGAUAAUGCUGCACAAGGUGAGCGAUGAGGAAGCAAAGCGAAGGGUUACCUCGAAGUACUAGCAAUUUCUUGCGUUUUCUUUCCCUCUCCCCGUCAUUAAACAGUGCGUCUAAUGGAGCUUGGACAACGCACUGUACAAUUUUUUUUUCGUGGGAAUUUCUAUAGUAGGCAAUUUGUACUCUCGAGCGCACGGAUAGGGAAAAAUAGGGGUAGUUUCUUCCAAUCGAUCAAAUACCGGUACCGGUAGUGUAAAAAAUAUUCUUGAACCUUGCUGGAAAAGCCUUAGACUAUGGGAAGCUGGUUGUGUUGGCUCUUGAGCACAGUAAGGUAAAUUUAUGAUACAGUACUCGGGUACAGUACGAGAUACAAUGUGAUACCGGUCCUCGAGGGCGAGUGCCGCUGAUAGAUAUAUGAUAACCAAAACGAUGUGGUGCUUUUUCCUAUCAUACUUCGCGUGAUGGCUAUAUCUAUCGGGCGCUCGUACUCGUAACAUACAGUAAGCACCUUCACAAUGAUUCACGGUGCCAGUAUGUAGACUACAGCAGACCCGUUCGAGGCACAAGCACCGGACUCGAGGGUUCGAAAGAGGUACAAUAUGAUAUGAUACUUGUUAGCGCAACCAAAUAUACCUAUUCCAUAAUAACAAGAUGCCCGCGGGUUUCUAAAAUGCUAAAAAUGCAAAACACAAGUUGCACCCACCAACUGUAGUUAUCACAAGUUAGCAUAAUCU